UGUUCCUUCAAGGUGCCAGCUUGGAACCACAAUGUGAUCAAAGGUCAACUCCUCUUGCUCAAAGAAAAGGUCGCUUCAACUGGUCGGCAUAUCACCAAAACUGUACCAGAAAAGUCAAUAGAUAUAAAAACAUGGAGUUUUACUUGCUUAGAGAUGGUUAAAUUACAAAAACCAAUGCUUUCAGAAGACUACCUGCUAGGAAAAUAUUAUGUACCUCUUUUCUUAAUAUUCACAAAGGUAUGUCAAUUAGCUGGGAAGCAUCCACAGCUGCAAUUUCUUAUAGGCAGCCAUGAUGAACAGAAAGAGAUUUGUCAUAGGCUCAAUGUCCAUGUAUUGCCACUGUUCCAUUUUUACAGAGGUGCAGAAGGUUGUACCUCUAGCUUUAGCUGCACCAUUUUAACUAAUCACAGGCUCAAAGAUGUGUUAAAAAUGCAUGCACUUCAGCCAGAGAAGGUCGGACAGGGCAGGACAAGGGCUUAG